GAAACAGACUCCAUGGAUUCAAAUCAGAACCAGACCAAAGCCACGAUGGGACAGCAGCAGCAGCAGCAAUAUGAGGAUGAGGAAGCUUGUUUAUAUGCAAUGCAAUUGGCAAGCUCUUCAGUCCUUCCCAUGGUUUUGAGAUGGGUUGUCGAGCUCGGAAUUCUCGAGAUCAUCAACAAAGCUGGUCCAGGAGCAGAAGUCUCACCUUCUGAGAUUGCUUCUCAGCUUGCCACACAAAACCCAGAUGCCCCGGUUAUGAUUGAUCGUGCCCUUCGACUCCUAGCCAGUUAUUCAGUUCUCACUUGUUCACUGAAGAGACAUGAGAAUGGCCGGAUUGAGAGGCUCUAUGGGCAGACCCCAAUCUGCAAGCUAUUCCUUAAAAAUGAAGAGAUGGGAUCGUUGGAUAUGUUGAUGCUUAUGCACCAAGACAGGGUCCCCAUGCAGGGCUGGUUCCAUAUGAAAGAGGCCAUGCUUGAAGGUGGAAUUCCAUUUAACAAGGCAUUUGGAAUGACAGCAUUUGAGUAUCAAGGUGUGGACCCUAGAUUUAACGUGCUUUUCAAUGAGGCAAUGAAAGGCCAAACCAUCAUAACUAUGAACAAACUUCUUCAGACAUACAAAGGGUUUGAAGGACUAAAUUCAGUGGUUGAUGUUGGUGGUGGAUUAGCAGUUGCCCUUAAAAUGAUCACUUCCAAGUACCCAUCAAUCAAGGGUAUUAACUUUGAUUUGCCUCACGUUAUUUCAGAAGCACCAUCCCAUCCUGGUGUGGAGCAUGUUGGUGGUAACAUGUUUGAAAGUGUUCCAAAAGGGGAUGCCAUUUUUAUGAAAUUGAUAUUGCAUGACUGGAGUAAUGAACAUUGUUUGACAAUUUUGAAGAACUGCUAUGAAGCAUUACCAGAUGGUGGAAAGAUGAUCAUCGUUGAUGCUGUUCUUUCAGAAGCUGUCGAAACUAACCGUAUAGCUCGAGCUGGAUAUCAAAUUGACAAUUUAAUGAUGAUGAUAAAUCCUGGAGGAAAAGAAAGAACUGAGAAAGAGUUUGAAGACCUUGCCAAGGGAGCUGGGUUUCGUAGUUGUCAAGUGAUGUGCCCUGUAAUUAACCUGUGUGUCAUCGAAUAUGUAAAGUUUCUUCUUCGUUGCAGGGAGUGCUUCAAGUUUCUCCGACUUCUUCUUCUUCUCCGUUCACAGGUUCUAGGAAGUUCAUUUGAAAAUCUCCACUGGAAGGAACAUCUUGGAUUAACACAG